AUGGCCCUGGAGCAGGCGCUGCAGGCGGCGCGGCAGGGCGAGCUGGCCGUGCUGGAGUCCCUGCUCGCGGCCGGCCAGCUGGGGCCCUGGCUGCGCGACCCGCUGGACGCGCUGCCGGUGCACCACGCAGCUCGCGCCGGCAAGCUGCACUGCCUGCGCUUCCUGGCGGAGAAGGCUGCCCUGCCUGCUACCGCCCGAGCGCGGAACGGCGCGACCCCGGCCCACGACGCCGCUGCCACCGGUCACCUGGCCUGCCUGCAGUGGCUGCUCUCACAGGGCGGCUGCGGAGUGCAGGACAAAGACAAUUCUGGUGCCACAGUCCUGCACUUGGCUGCCCGCUUCGGCCACCCUGAGGUGGUGGACUGGCUGCUGCGUCACGGCGGUGGGGACCCCACCGCAGCCACAGACACGGGCGCCCUGCCCCUCCACUAUGCUGCCGCCAAAGGAGACUUCCCCUCCCUGAGGCUUCUCAUCAGGCACCACCCCGAGGGAGUGAAUGCCCAAAUCAAGAACGGUGCCACGCCCUUGUACCUGGCGUGCCAGGAGGGCCACCUGGAGGUGACGCAGUACCUGGUGCAGGAGUGCGGCGCGGACCCGCACCUGAGCGCCCACGACGGCAUGACCCCGCUGCACGCUGCGGCACAGAUGGGCCACAGCUCGGUCAUCGUGUGGCUGGUGAGCUGCACAGACGUGAGCCUGUCGGAGCGGGACAAGGACGGCGCCACGGCCAUGCACUUUGCGGCGAGCCGCGGCCACGCCAAAGUGCUCAGCUGGCUCCUGUUGCACGGCGGCGAGAUCUCGGCCGACCUGUGGGGCGGGACCCCACUGCACGACGCCGCCGAGAACGGGGAGCUGGAGUGCUGCCAGAUCCUGGUAGUGAACGGCGCGGAGCUGGACGUCCGCGACCGCGACGGAUACACGGCGGCCGACCUCUCAGAUUACAAUGGCCACAGCCACUGCACCCGCUACCUGCGCACCGUGGAGAACCUGAGCGUGGAGCACCGCGUGCUGUCCAGGGAUCCGUCCGCUGAGCUGGAGACCAAGCAGCCGGACUCGGGCAUGUCCUCGCCUAACACCACCAUGUCAGUCCAGCCACUGAACUUUGACCUCAGCUCGCCCACCAGCACGCUCUCCAACUACGACUCCUGCUCCUCCAGCCAGUCGAGUAUCAAGGGCCGGCGCCCACCACGCGGGCCCCCCAGCGGCAGAGAAGCAGACAUACAGAGCUACAUGGACAUGCUGAGCCCAGAGCCGAACCUGGCUCCGGGCAAGACGGAGAGAACCACAGCACCCCCGCCACCCCCCGGCUUCCCUCCGCCACCCCCACGCCCAGGCAGCCAGCUGCCCCCGCCCCCACCGGGCUACCCAGCUCCUAAGCCCCCCGCGGGGCUGCAAGCAGCUGACAUCUACAUGCAGACCAAGAGCAAACUCCGCCACGUGGAGGCCCAGGCCUUCAGAAAGGAGCUGAGCUCCCGUGACAGCCACAACGGGCUGCGGAGGCAGGACUCCGGCCGCAAGCCCCGCGCCUUCAGCAAGCAGCCCAGCACGGGGGACUACUACCGCCAGCUGGGCCGCUGUCCCCGGGAGCCGCCGGCCGCUCGCCCGGGCAUGGCGCACAGCGAGGAGGUGCGUGCCCGCCCGCCCGCCUCCGCCGGCCGCCUGGGACCCGGCCAGGCGGCCCGCGCCUCACUCGCUGGCCCCUCCGCUCCCCCGCAGGCGGCGCUGCUCCCCGGGAACCACGUGCACAACGGCUGCGCCGCGGACCCCAAGGCGGCCAGGGAGCUGCCGCCGCCGCCUCCGCCGCCGCCGCCGCCGCCGCCGCCCCUGCCCGAGGGCCUGAGCUCGCCACCGCCCGCCCCGCCGCUGCCCUUCGAGGGCGCCGGCCCUGGCUGCGCGCAGCGCCGCUCCUCCUCUUCCACUGGCAGCACCAAGUCUUUCAACAUGAUGGCCCCGACGGGGGACAACUCAGAGCUACUGGCUGAGAUCAAGGCUGGCAAGAGUCUGAAGCCCACGCCGCAGAGCAAGGGUCUGACCACGGUGUUCUCCGGCAGUGGACAGCCGGCCUCCCAGCCUGACUCGCCACUGCCGCCAGCGUCGCCGGCACCAUCCCGGCCCCGGAGCCCCACCCCGCCGGCCGCAGGGCCCCAGCCGCUGCUCAAUGGCAGCCUGGCACCGGCGCCGCCCUCCACCCCAGCGCCGGGCGUGCAGCUCGAUGUGGAAGCGCUCAUCCCCACGCACGACGAGCAGGGCCGGCCCAUCCCAGAGUGGAAGCGCCAGGUGAUGGUCCGCAAGAUGCAGCUGAAGAUGCAGGAGGAGGAGGAGCAGAGGCGGAAGGAGGAGGAGGAGGAGGCCCGGCUGGCCAGCAUGCCUGCCUGGAGGCGGGACCUCCUUCGGAAGAAGCUGGAAGAGGAGAGGGAGCAGAAGCGAAAAGAGGAGGAGCGACAGAAGCAGGAGGAGAUGCAGCGAGAAAAGGAGCAGUCGGAGAAACUGCGGACGCUGGGCUACGACGAGACCAAGCUGGCGCCUUGGCAGCGACAGAUCAUCCUGAAGAAGGGGGACAUCGCUAAGUACUAGAUGCUGCUUUCCUGUCCGCAUGCCUGCGAGCUGGGGGGGAGGGGAGAGGCAGCCCCCACCCCAGCCUGCCCGACCGGACGGAAGGGCUGGGAGCCACACUGCCCUCCCCUCCGGUGCUGUGACCCCUCCCUGACCCCAUUUCGGCCCUCGCAUCCCCAGCCCCGGACGACGCUGGAGCGCGCCCACUGCCGCUGUAGUCGCCCAGAAAAAGUGCCCAAGUCGUUGACGCAAAAGAUGCUGCUUAUUUGCAUGCCUAUUUACAUAUAUUUGCAUGUUCGCUGAAUGUCAACGUGUGCAGAGCUCUUCCCAGCCCUGUAGGUGGUGACUGUUCUCCCGGGGGACGCACACCCGGCUGCAACCCCUCCCCCGCACCCCGGAACCCGCGUCGUUGGCGCAUCCGCUGGCGCAUCCUGGGCGGAGGCCCGCCCCGGCGCUCGGGGAAGGGGUUUUCCUCCCUCCCUGACCUAGAUAUGUGCCCGGCCCGCAUUUCCCAUCCCCGCCGAAGGUUUCCUCUCAGUCAUGUGUUUACCAGAAACGGUGAAAACUGCCCGUCAGGACGGAGUUGCAGCUCCCGGGGCCCCACCUUCCCCCAGUGAAGUCUGCGCGCUGCCCGUGCCGGGGCCAGCUCCUCGGACCCUUUCACUGCAGUGGCGGAGUUAACGGAGGAUGAGGGGCCCCGAACCUGCCUGCGACUGCUGCCUCCCAGGCCCCCGC